AUGAGUAAUCGUGAUACAACAUUCAAUAUUGGGUCAGGAACAUUAUCUGGAAAUAAUCAAAUAGUAAGAACACAAUCAGGAUGGGGAAAUAGAUUGAGCGAGGAAAGAGAAGAUAAGGAAACAAUUGCAGUAAAUACAAAUCCUAGGAAUAAUUAUCAGCAACAAAGUCAAAGUCAAUCUAACCCUCAAACACAAAUACAGAUUACCCAAAGCCAGUCAAUACAACAACCACAGUUGCCACAAAUGCAAAGUCAGCAAGUACAUAAUCAGCAUAAUCAAAAUUAUUAUAAGCAUCAGAGUUCAAGAACAAUAUUAAAUACUGUUGAGAUAGAUGUUUCUGUCUUAUUAAGGAUUAUAAAACACUGUAUGGAGAGCUAUCAGACAAUGAAUGCAUCUGGUCAAUUACUUGGUAUGGAAUAUGGAAAUAAGUUGGAAAUUACAACUUCUUUUCAGUUACCUACUAGGGAAGAUUUGCUAUCUUCUUUAGCAUCACAUUAUCAUAAUAAUAAAAUUGAUAAAUAUGAUAAAAUUGAUAUAGAAGAGAGGAUUUUAGAAGAGAUUGAUAAAUAUCAAACUUCAAUGGUAGAAUUAAUGCACGAAAUGCGUUCAGAUUGUCUUGUUCUUGGAUGGUAUCAAAUUAUACGUUUAGAUGAUUUCCAAGAUCCUGGAAUAGUAUCAACACUAUUGUCAUAUCAUAGUAAUGCAGAAUGUAAAUCAGCAAUAUUUUUAGGUAUUGAUUCAGAAUUACUUAUCCAAGGGAAACAGAAUGCAUUUAAGGCAUAUACUCUUGGGAAUGAAUACCUUUCACGUAUAAAAGAAUAUGAUGAUAAUUACAGUAUAAUUAAAGGUAUAGAAUUUGAAGAUAUACUUAUUGAAAUUCCUAUUUAUAUAAAAUAUCCAGUUUUAUCAGAAGCAUUCUUAUUAGAUUGGGCUACAUUUGAUAUACUACAAUCAACCAUUGAUUUUAUUGAGUUACCCUCAUCACAUAAAAAUAAUCUAGAAUUUUCAGAUAAAUCCUUAUUAAAUCUUGCAGAUUCAAUAGAUAUAUUAUCUAUUGAACAAGAAAGAUUUAUCAAGAAUCAUCGUGAUUAUAUGAAACAACAGUAUCUAGUCAAGCAAAUGGCUGAAAGAAAACGUAUUGAAAAUGAGCAGAGAAAACUUAAGGGUGAAAAUCCAUUACCAAUUGAUACUGAAUCUAUUAAGAAAAUUGAUCCUCCCAAUCCUUUACCAGUUAUUCUAAUGUCAAAAUAUGUUGAUACACAAUGCCGUGAUAUAAAUUCGAAUGCAAUUGAAGGUUUAAGUAAAUUACUUAUUAGGAAUAUGCCGAGUAACUAG